GCGCCGUUCUGGUCCCAUAUAGAUAAUAAUAAUGGGAUCAGAACAACAUCUCGUCUACAAAUUGCAUGCCCCCCUUUUGGCCCAUUUCUAAAUUCUAACCAUUGCAUGGCCUCUACUGAUAUUUCUUACUUUCUGUGCUUGAAAAUUUUUUUCACCAUAUUGUUCAAGAAUACUUCUUGCUAGCUGAAAUGGCCCCCAGAAGUUUUUUCAGAACUAUUCUUUGGUUGAUAGACAGGUGGAUUUUCAGAGAUAGCAAUAAGCUUCCUCGGAAAUUGCCAUUUUUUGGGGUUCUUCCAGCUGUGCUUUUCACUUACAAUAAGCUUCAUGAUGCCAUUGUGGAGCAUCUGCAGAUGAUUGGAAGGACAAGCUACUUGAUAAAGCUCCCAUGGUUUGUGAACAUGGAUAUUGUCGGCACGGUUGAUCCUGAUGAUGUAUACCAUGUACUGAUCGCCAAUUUCGCCAACUAUCCAAAAGGGCCUGAGAUGAAACGAAUAUUUGAUGUUUUGGGUGAUGGAAUAUUCACCUCGGAUUUCGAUCCUUGGAAGAAUCAGAGAAAGCUUGCUAGGUUGUUGAUCAAUCAUCAGAGGUUCCAGAAGUUUAUGGUGAAAACCAACUGGGAUAAAGUUGAGCUAGGGCUGAUUCCAGUUCUUGAGCAUUUUGCUGAAAAUAGCCAGAUUGUGGACAUGCAAGAUGUGUUCCAGAGAUUGACUUUUGAUACAACUUCAAAAUUCAUCACGGGUUACGAUCCUGGAUGCCUCGCUGUUGAUUUCCCAGAGGUCGAAUUCGCCAAGGCUAUGGAUGAAGUUGAAGAAGCAAUAGUCAUGCGCUAUUUCUUGCCUGAAAAUGUUCUGAAGUUCCUGAGUUUUGUUGGGAUUGGACGAAUGAAGACAACGAGUAAAGCUUACGCAACAUUGGAUCAAGCAGUAGCCAAGUACAUCUCCAUGAAGAAGGAAGAGUUGAAGAAGGGGAACAAAUCCUAUGAAGGUGACGACAAUGGUGAAGGUUUUGAUCUCUUGACUUCAUAUGUGAAAGAAGGUGAGCGUAUGGGAAUGGUAUUUGAUGAUAAGUUCUUCAGGGACACAAUCCUCAAUCUUAUGAUUGCAGGUAGAGAUACAACUAGCUCUGGUCUCACUUGGUUUUUAUGGCUUGUUUCAACUCAUCCGGAAGUGGAAAAGAAGAUCAGAGAAGAGCUCAAAGCUUCCAUAUCACCAUCAGGAGAAGAAGAUGAAAAGUUCAGGAUUUUUAAGUUUGAUGAAAUAAAAAAUCUUGUUUAUUUACAUGCAGCACUGUGUGAAACAUUGAGGUUAUAUCCACCAGUUCCUUUUCAACACAAGACACCUCUUAAGCCAGACAUUCUUCCAAGUGGCCUACAUGUUACUCCAAAGAUGAAGGUAAUGUUUCCCUUGUACGCAAUGGGGAGAAUGGAGUCCAUCUGGGGGAAAGAUUGCAAGGAGUUUAAGCCAGAAAGAUGGAUUUCUGAACGUGGAAGGGUUAAACACGAGCCUUCCUACAAGUUCUUGGCAUUCAAUGCUGGACCAAGAACUUGCAUUGGGAAGGAAGUGGCAUUUACUCAAAUGAAAGCUGUUGCUGCUGCAAUUAUUCACAACUAUAAUAUUCAAGUAGUGGAAGGUCACCCAGUUAUUCCUAAUGUUUCUGUCAUUCUCUACAUAAAAAAUGGGCUUAAGGUUAGGGUUACAAAAAGAUGGAAGUAAAUUCUACGGGAGUCAUUGGUAGGGACUCUCCUUUGCACCGAUCACUGUCUAGUGGUCACCAUUUGCACGUAUAAUAGACAUUUUCAACUGGUAAUUUACGGUGUUCCAAAUGCUUUCCAGAACAUGGUGAUCAUUAGAUGCAGAACGGUGCGAUGACCCUACUGUAGGAUUUACUGCAAAAUUUCAUGUGAGUCAUUUGUUGAGGUUACUGAUUCGUAUCUCGAGAAGCUAGUCAUACGCUUGAGUUGUCAUUUGCUUAUCGAUUUUUAGUGAUUUUUUUGGUCA